UUAAACUAAAAAUUAAUUAUCUAUAAUUUUCAACAAUGUCUACUGUCCCCUGGUCAGAUGUUGUGCCAAGUUUUACUGUCGGGACUCUAGGCAAUAAUCUCGGCUAUUAUUACAAGAUAGCAUACUGUCUCAUAGUAAUACCUCUGGGGCUAUUGCUACUGAUAGCUGUGGGUUGGAACGUGUUGGUAGGCUUCGCAACAAAAUGGAUGUACAGCAAUGCCUGGAAGGAGAAGCAAAAAGGAGGAGGCAGUACUGACUCUGAUGACCCGUCUCUCCCCAUCACCAAUGCAUGGGAAGAAAUAUACGUAGUAAACAAUAAGCUAGCCGCUUAUCUAUUAGGAAGUACUGUCGCUAUAAAGGAGCAGCAAGGCUACCUAGUACUACAGAUACACGACUAUAACGUUUACAUGCCAUUGGCUAUGAUAUUUAUACAAGUAUCAGAAUUGGCUGUGGCUAUGAUGAUGGUAGUGCUAUUUGUGGAUUAUCUUAUUUUACAGGUCUCAUAUUCCUGUGAUGCCAGUCACACUAAUGCCGACUGUUUCCUGAGUAAUGAAACAGAUAUGAGUGCCCUACCAUUGGACUGUGGCUCACAGGAUUUUGCACAAAUAAAUGUGACGUGUUUCACUCUGAGCUUUAAUCCUAUAAUAGCAGCUGCUGUGACCGGAGGCUUCCUCAAAAUCACCCCUCACAUACUCUUCUCUGCACUCACUUUCCAAUACUUCAAAUACAUGAACAAAAUAAAGUCUAAACUCCGUUAUAAUUCGACCAAAGGAAAUAUUGUCAUUCACGCUGUGGUUGCCUUCUUCCUAGAGCUGGGUUUCUUAGGGUUUGGACUCAUGUGUUUGCUUGUUGUUUUACUCGUACCGUCAGUCCGUGACGUGACUAUAUCCCAAGCAAACCCAAUGCGUCAGUUGACAGUCGUCUUCUGUUUCAUAAUGUAUUUCUCAAUGUCUGGAUUCCUCUGGUGCAUUUACCCUCAGUCCAGCACUCCUGUCCGUUUCCUCAAUUCAGUUUGGAAGGCGAAAGUUUCUCCAAGCCACAAGUCCAUUAAUGAAGGAGAGAGACUUCGUCCAUGGAUAGUCGUUGAUCACUCUCUCUCGACAAGAGAAGAUGAGCAUCUCCUCAAAGACUGAAAAAUGAAUUCAAUUUGACAUUUUGCAAUUAUUUUGGCUAUUAAUUAAGUUUGCUGUUGUGUGAAUAUUUUUUGUUAAUUGCUGCCUAUAAUUAGUCAUUUGAGGCCAACUUUGGUUUUGGAAGGCUUUAGAUCCACUUAA